AUGAAGCCGGACUUUCUUAUCUCGAGAGUGGGCCACUGUAAAGCCAAAUAUUUGGCUCAGCUUAUUAUUUCCGGCGCCCGGGUUUUGGGUCGCGCAUUCACUCAGGCAUUGAAAGAAGAAUAUACAGCCAGUCAGCAAGCUGCUCAGGCACGUAGAAAUCAGGGUGGCUCGGAUUCCGGUCAGAGAACGUUUGAUCAAUUUGCCGGGCUUUCUCUGGACGAGGCUAAACAAAUCUUGAAUGUGAAAGACAUUCACGACACGGAAACACUUCGAAAACACUACGAACAUCUGUUUUCUGUUUUCCGAGCCAAAGAGCGUAUUGACGAAGAACUACAGUACGAACAGGGCAAGCGAGACCCGGAUGAAAAAUCCCAGUCAUCAUCAUCACCGCCUUGA